GGCCAGAGCAGCAGCUUGGGUGGCACAGCUCUGCUGGGGAGCUGGGAGACUCCUGUGUUUUUUCCUCCCUGAAGCCUCAGGUCAUGGCUGGAAACAACUAGAAUAAAGCAAUUCUCCACUUGCAAAAACAAAAAAAGCUUGGGGGUGGGAGAUUUCCCCCCACUUUUCCUGAAAACUGAGGAUUUGCUCUGUCCCUCUGAUUCCUGAGGAAGGUUUGCUGACUACUGUGUGCAGACAGGUUCAGGUCUCAUCCAUGGCCUGUGAUCACAAGCCUGAUGACAGAGCAUGUGCUGGAUCACUGCUUUCCAAAAAGCCUCUGCAAUCAGUAUGUUUGUUUUACUGGUUUUGUGUGUGAGGAAACAGCACAGAAAUCUGUGUCAGCCUCUUCCUGACAGGCUGUGGGAGGAAGAAAGGGUUGGCAGGCAGAAGGAAUAUUUGUCACAUGGAGAGAAGGUAAUCAAGGGGGAAAACAUGCUCCUGGAGAAGGGUGCCUGGCUAUAGGUAACCUCCUGAAAUCCAGAUAGUAACUCUUCCUCCUUCACUGAAUUCUUCUCUGGCUUGCAGAAUUGAAGAACGGUGUUUUUGAGAAGGCCAGAGGCUCCUUGUGGAGUGGCAGUCACACUUCCUAACUGCUGCCUGUGCUUCGUGUCAGUUCAACCCCUGGAGUGGGUGUCUGUGUGUGGCUGGAGGUGUUGGUGGAUCCUGCUUUUGCUGGAUCUCAGCUUGGCAGCCAGGUCUGACACAGGUGCCAAUGAUGUCCAAGCACCACCACUGAGAGCUGCUCACGUGUUGAUCCAAACCCUUUUGUGGUCACUGGGUUUCCUUUACAAAGAAAACUUUGGGGAUUUUAUUCUUGUCCUUAAGCUCAAGGGGAGGAUACUGGCAGGAGGAGGUUCUUCAUGACUGUUCUGUGCUUUGCAGAAAAUGCUCUGAACGUGACCUGGACAGCACCCGCUGGAACUAAACCUCCCCAAAGCAAAUCCUCCUUCAGCCGGGGCCUGUUGGUGCUGAGCAGGGGAGCUGUGCAAGGCAUGGGCUCAGAGAACAGUGCUCUGAAGAGCUACAGCCUGGAGGAGCCGCCCUUCACGCUGCCCACCGGGCACACCAUCUACCCGGCCGUGCUCCAGGAUGGCAAACGGGCCUCCGUGUUCGUGUACAAGCGGGACAGCGAGGAGAAGGUCAACAAAGCUGCCAAGCACCUGAAAACCUUGCGCCACCCUUGCCUUCUGCGCUUCCUCUCCUGCACCGUGGAAGCCAACGGGAUCCACCUGGUUACGGAGCGGGUGAAGCCCUUGGAGAUGGUCCUGGAGACGCUCUCUGCUGCAGAAAUCUGUGCAGGCAUCUACGAUGUGUUGCUGGCACUCAUCUUCCUCCAUGACAGGGGAAACCUAACACAUAACAACGUCUGUUUGUCAUCCGUGUUUGUGAGUGAGGAUGGGCACUGGAAGCUGGGAGGAAUGGAAACAGUCUGUAACUUCAGUGAAGCCACCCCAGAGUUCCUGUGUCACCUGAGGUCGGUGCGAGACCAGUCGUGCAUCCCCUGCGAGGAGAGGUCUGCAGACUUCAAAAUCCUGCCCAGCAGCUACGGGCAUGCGAGGGACGCCUACGCCUUUGGGACAACAGUUGAGAAUCUCCUGACAGUCCUCAAUGAUCAGGUUUCAGCAGAUACUCUCUCCAGCUUUCAGCAAACCUUGCACUGUACACUGCUGAACCCAGACCCAAAGUGUCGCCCACCACUGUCCAGCCUGCUGUCCCAUGAGUUCUUCAGGAAUGAUUUUCUGGAAGUUGUGAAUUUUCUGAAGACCUUAACACUAAAGUCUGAGGAGGAGAAAACAGAAUUUUUCAAAUUCCUGCUGGACAGGGUGGCUGGCUUGUCAGAGGAGCUGAUAGCAUCACGGCUGGUGCCUCUCCUACUCAAUCAGCUCGUGUUUGCAGAACCUGUAGCUGUCAAGAGUUUUCUUCCUCAUCUGCUGGGCCCAAAGAAAGAGCAAAGUGGGGAGAGCCAGACCAGCUGCCUGCUGUCGCCAGCCCUGUUCCAGGCCCACGUGAUCCCUGUGCUGCUGAAGCUCUUUGAGGUGCACGAGGAGCACGUGAGGAUGGUGCUGCUCUCUCACAUCCACGCCUACGCCGAGCUGUUCUCUCGGGAGGAGCUGAAGAACAUCAUACUGCCACAGGUGUUGCUGGGCCUGCGGGACACCAGUGACUCCAUCGUGGCCAUAACCCUGCACAGCCUGGCUGUCCUCGUCUCCCUGCUUGGCCCUGAAGUGGUUGUAGGUGGAGAAAGAACAAAGAUCUUCAAAAGCUCUGCACCAAGUUUCAUGAAAACUGCUGAUCUCUCCCCAGAAGGUUCCCCCAGUCAUGGAGUGAGCAAUCAGAGAAACCAAACCUCUUGGUCCCUGAAGAGCAGUCCCAGCUUGUUCCCCAGCUCUGCAAAUGUACCUGGCAAAAAGCUUCUCGUGCGACAGGACAAUCCCCUGACUUCAAAGACAGGUGAGCAAGGUACUCAGCCCCCCCUGAAUGGAAUUCCUGGAAGCAUUAAUACACUGGGGAACAGCAGCUCUUUGACUACCUCAGAAAAGCCAGCAGAGGAGUGGCCAGACUGGAGUGAGCCAGAGGAGACAGACACUGAGAAAACUGUGAACAUUCAAAUUCAGCCCCAGGAGCUGCGGGGCAGCACAGGACCUUAUUUUCCUGAUCAUGAUAUAGAUGAGAAGCCUUGGGAUGACUUUGAACCUAGGAGCUCCAGUAGUAAAUUGUCCUCAGGAAACUGCCCCACUGUGACACAGGCUGAUGCAGCUGAAAGGCCUCUGCCAGGAACCCAUCAACUGAGCAAAGAAUUCAAAAGCCUCAGGCUGAGUCCCCCCACCAAGUCUUGCCAUGGGAACAGCUGGAGCAAUGACAAGUGGGACCAUGAGGAACAACUGGGAGAAACUGUGUUGCCAAAAACCUUUCAGGAAAGGCUGAAGUCUUCAUCAGAGUCUGGCCUGGGAGAAGAAUUCACGAUCAAAGUGAAGAGGAAACCUGUGCAAGACCCAGAGCUGGACUGGUUUGCUGACAUGAUCCCAGACAUUAAACCUUCUUCCGCCCUCUUGAUUUUACCUGAGGCAAGGACAGAAGCAGUUGUUCCCACUCACUCAGGUGGGGUGUCCAGCAGAGAAGGUGCCUCCCAGACUCUGCUGUUUUCAUCCAAAUUUGCAGCAGCUGAUGUGAUUGAGGCUGAAGCUACAGGCUGGGGUGAAGAAGAGGAGUUGAACUGGGAAGAUGAUACAAACUGGUAACAGUUCUGAACGAGACCAAGGUGAUUUAUGGUGUGUUGGAUCCUGUGACAGGAGUUGCUGCUUCCCCAGUACAAUGGAUAAAGUACCUCAGCGCUGCUUUUGCCACAAGGCAGGCACUUGCUGCACAGCCACAAGAUCCUGUGGGGCCUGAGCCCUUGCCAGGGAUGCUCCUUCCCACUCUGUGCCAAAAGCUGCAGGGGUGAGCCUGUACUCCAGCAAUAUGCCCAGCUGUGGUGCUGCCACUGCUCCCGGAGAGAGGACAGUGUGAUGGUGGUGAUGGUGCUGAUGUGCUACUGGAGGCCAAGAGUGGCAUAGGAGAUUGAUCCAGAACUCACCCCUUCCCUGAAAAACUGCUGACAAUAAAUGAAAGUCACACUGAG